GCAGCCUCAGGAGGCGGAUGUGGACCUGGUCAUGGUGGUGGACAGCUCCAGGGAGAUGCAGGCUGAUGAGUACGCUGGCAUGCAGCAGCUGCUGGGCUCUGUGGUGGAGCAGCUGGUCGUUAGCCCCCAGCCCCGCCGAGUCGACAACCAGGCCCGGGUGGCUGUCGUCCAGCAGAGCGGCACCCGGGCUCCCAAGGUGGAGUUUGGAUUCCAGACCUACCAGGACCACAACACGAUGAGGAGACACCUGAUCCAGAACAUGCGGCAGCAGGGCGGCUCCUCGGCUCUGGGACAGACGCUGGAGUUCACCCUGAGGGAGGUGCUCCUGAAGGCCAGCCAGCCCCGCAGGAGGAGGGUGCUGAUGGUCGUGGUGGGCACAGAGACGGCCUACACCGACCGGGGCAUGCUGAAGUACAUCUCCCAGAAGGCCAAGUGUGAGGGGGUGGCGCUGUUUGUGGUGGCGGUGGGCGAUCGCUACAUCCGGACGCAGGUGGAGGAGCUGGCCAGUCCACCUGUCCAGCAGCACCUGAUCCACGUGGGCAGACUGAAGGCCGACGAGCAGGGCUACGCCCAGCGCUUCUUCAGAGUCUUCCUCUCCGCCCUCAACAAGGGAAUGAACACGUAUCCUCCUCCAUCAUUAAAACUGACCUGCGGUCAGCUGGCCGCUCCGGGGGGAGGACAAGUCUUCAUAGAGGG